UAAACCCUUUCCAAAAAAAAAAAAGAAAGUCGACUCGAGACGGGAAAGUGGAGUUUGGGUUUCGUUUAAUUUUAAUUAAAUUUCAUAAAUUCCUUAGAUUCUGAGUCUUGGAAUCAGUCAUUUAUAAUUUAAAUUAAUCAGCCCUCAUAUUUUACGGGUUUUACCUGCGCCGAUAUCAGUCGAUAAAGUUUCUAUAGAUGUGGUACGAUCACUGUUGACCAAGCACUAACGCCAUACCAAGAUGCCUAUGCUCGAUGGAAAGGAAGUUGAAAUAUUUUUUAGUGAAGAAGACUUACCAUAUGAAGAAGAGAUAUUGAGAAACCCCUUCUCUGUAAAACACUGGCUUCGUUAUAUAGAACAUAAAAAAGGUGCUCCUAAACAUGAAACUAAUAUGAUCUACGAGAGAGCUCUAAAAGAGCUACCAGGGUCCUUCAAACUAUGGUAUAAUUAUUUAAAACUGAGAAGAUCUCAAAUCCGAGGACGCUGUAUCACUGAUCCUUGCUAUGAAGAUGUCAAUAAUUGUUUUGAACGCUCACUAGUUUUCAUGCACAAGAUGCCAAGAAUAUGGAUGGACUAUUGUACAUUCCUGACUGACCAAUGCAAAAUAACAUCUACAAGAAAAGCUUUUGAUUGUGCAUUAAGAGCUCUUCCUAUAACACAACAUCAUAGAAUCUGGCCCUUGUACUUGAGUUUCCUGAAGAAACACAACAUUACUGAAACAGCUGUUAGAGUUUUUAGAAGAUAUCUGAAGUUGUGCCCUGAAGAUACAGAAGAAUACAUUGACUACUUAAUCUCCAUCAACAAAUUAGAUGAAGCAGCUAUUAAACUGGCUCACAUAGUCAACAAUGAAAACUUCCAAUCCAAACAUGGUAAAUCAAACCACCAAUUGUGGAAUGAGCUGUGUGAAUUGAUAUCUAAGAAUCCUGAACAAAUACACUCCUUAAAUGUAGAUGCCAUCAUCCGGGGAGGUCUGAGGAGAUAUACUGACCAGCUGGGCCAUUUGUGGAACUCCUUAGCAGAUUAUUAUGUAAGAAGUGGUCUAUUUGAAAGAGCAAGAGACAUUUAUGAAGAAGCUAUACAGACUGUCACAACAGUUAGAGACUUCACACAAGUGUUUGAUGCCUAUGCUCAGUUUGAAGAACUUAGUUUGAGCAAGAAAAUGGAAGAGAUAUCGAAGAAACCUAGUCCCUCUGAGGAUGAUGAUAUUGGUCUUGAACUUAGGCUUGCUAGAUUUGAGUAUUUAAUGGAGAGAAGACUACUACUCCUAAAUUCCGUGCUACUGCGACAAAAUCCCCAUAAUGUUGCUGAGUGGCACAAAAGAGUUAAACUAUAUGAAGGAAAACCACAUGAAAUAAUUGACACUUAUACAGAAGCUGUACAAACUGUAGACCCAAAACUGGCAGUUGGUAAACUGUAUACAUUAUGGGUUGGUUUUGCACAAUUUUAUGAAAAAAAUGAUCAAAUUGAAGAUGCUAGACUUAUUUUUGAAAAAGCAACACAGGUUAAUUAUGUUAAAGUUGAUGAUUUAGCAUCAGUCUGGUGCGAAUGGGCUGAAAUGGAAAUAAGACAUGAAAAUUAUGAGGAUGCUCUCAAAUUGAUGCAAAAAGCUACAGUGCUGCCAAGUAGGAAAGUUGCUUACCAUGAUGAUACUGAAACUGUACAGAUGCGUUUGUACAAAUCAUUGAAAGUUUGGUCUAUGUAUGCUGACUUGGAGGAAAGUUUUGGUACUUACAAGUCAUGCAAAGCAGUUUACGAUCAUAUCAUUGACUUAAAAAUUGCUACACCCCAAAUAAUAAUCAACUAUGGAUACUUCCUUGAAGAACACAACUAUUUUGAAGAAGCUUUCAGAGCUUAUGAAAAAGGUAUUGCACUUUUCAAAUGGCCUAAUGUCUAUGAUAUAUGGAACACAUACUUGACAAAAUUCUUGAAAAGAUAUGGUGGAACUAAAUUGGAGAGAGCAAGAGAUCUGUUUGAACAGUGCCUAGAACACUGCCCACCACAGUUUGCUAAAUCAAUUUUCCUACUAUAUGCAAAAUUAGAAGAGGAACAUGGUCUGGCAAGACAUGCUAUGUCUGUCUAUGAGCGUGCUACUACUGCUGUACUACCAGAGGAGAUGUUUGAAAUGUUUAAUAUUUACAUAAAGAAAGCUGCUGAGAUUUAUGGAGUUCCAAAGACGCGCCAAAUCUACGAAAAAGCUAUUGAAACUUUACCUGAAGAAAAAUCUAGAGAAAUGUGCAUUCGCUUUUCUGAAAUGGAAACACGUCUUGGUGAAAUUGACAGAGCUCGCGCCAUUUAUGCACAUUGUAGUCAAAUGUGUGAUCCAAGAAUUACUUCAGAAUUCUGGAACACCUGGAAAGAAUUUGAGGUCAGGCACGGAAAUGAAGACACUAUGCGUGAAAUGUUAAGAAUAAAAAGAAGUGUCCAAGCAACAUACAAUACUCAAGUAAACAUGAUGUCUGCUCAAAUGUUGAGUUCUGCGGCCCAGGCUGCUGGUACUAUUUCAGACUUAGCCCCAGGAAUGAAGGAUGGCAUGAGAAUGCUGGAGGCAAAAGCAGCAGAAAUGGCUGUUCAAAAUAAAGGAAAUAUUAUGUUUGUACGAGGCGAAACUCAAGGUCUCAAAGAGGCAGACAAAGUUGUCAACCCUGAUGAAAUUGAUAUUGAUGAAGAAUCUGAGAACAGUGAUGAAGAUGAAGAAGAUGGCGAAGUUGCUCCAGUUCAGAAGAAAGCAAUCCCUGCUGCUGUAUUUGGUGGCUUAGUUACUGACGAUAAAGAAGAAUAAAUACACCAAUUGUUAAUGAUAUUCAAUUUUUCGAGUAAUAAAUCAUCUUUUAAUUACAA